AUGGGGAGAUCAAACAGAGCCCCACAAACCCGGAAGACCCCAGAUACCAAGAAGGGACAGCUCACCUCAUCCCUGAGCCAGUUCCUGGAGACCCCCGCAGACUUCGCAACACAGCCGCAAGGCACCGACGGCUCAAUGGCAUCCGAGAAUUCUGCACCUUCCUCUCCGGCAAUCGACCUGCAAACAGGAGGCACUGAAAGGCCCCCAUGGCUAGAUCUCCUGAGGGCCUUGCCUGCAAAAGAAGACCUCCGCUCUGCCACCUCUGAGCUAGGAGCCACGAUCCGGCAGGACAUCCAGGCACUGAGAGCAGAUAUGCAGGGCCUGUCUGACCGUGUGAGCCACGUGGAGGCAGCCAGUGACAGCCUGAGAGCAGCCCAGACUAUCUUAGCAGAAGCUGCAGACACCUGCUCUGAACAGGUACGUGGCAUGGCCCUACACAUAGAGGAUUUAGACAACAGGGGGCACCGCAAUAACAUUAGGCUGCGCGGCCUCCCUGAAGACUCCCCUCUCCAACUGUGGGAAAGCCUCCUGGAAAUUUUUAAUGGGCUGCUGGGCCGCAAUCUCCAGGUGCCAAUAGACUUUGUGAGAGCGCAUAGAGCCCUCCGUCCAAAGGGCUCACCAGAUAGCCCACCCAGGGAGACCAUCCUUAAACAAGCAAGGGAGCAACAUACACUCACUUACCGGAACCAAGACCUGCAACUCUUCCCGGACCUGUCGCCGGCUACCCUGACCUACCGACGUGCCCUGAAACCGCUCACGAGAGUACUGGUUACUCAACAGUUCCUGUACAGAUGGCAGAUGCCCACGGGAUUGCUGGUUCACACACCGAGAAGUUCAUUCCUGGUCCACACACACAGCGACUACAUAGCGCUGGGCACGGAGCUCCAGUUACCCGCUAUCAACAUGAGGUGGCCAGACCCAUUGGACAUCUACAACGCCGCAAGAAACCCCUACCCAAGACCGGCGCUGCCGCAGCGCACCCGGUGGGGAUGCCAGGAGGCCACUAGACCCUCAGGUACUGCCCGCUAG